UCUACUGUAGGAUGAGCGGCCGCCUUGGGAGGUCGGAUUCGCAUCAGCGUGCCGCAUACUUGAUACAGGGAAGGACGGGCAACAUAAUUGUCCUGUACCCUACUCCUUCCUACCUGUCAUCCUUCUCAAGGAAGGUCCACUUUGCCACAUCUGGUCGUCCUGCCCAACCACAACAUUAUCUGCAUUCAUUCAACUUGUUAGUCUAUGCAUCACCCACCCAUCGUUACUCCCUCAACUCGCGUCUUCUUGCAACGAACCAGGUCGACAACCUCUGUCAUAUUCUGUGUCUAUCGCAUUCGUUCUAUAUUAUUCUUCACUUUAUCGUAUUCUUUAACUCCCCUGUUGACUACCUGGUUCGUUGUGGGGCAGUUUCUUGCAUUCUCUGUCCCGUAUCCCCAUCGCGCGAACCGCUUCUUUGUGCUUUUACUCUACCCUUUACUUGCACAUUGUCCGCGCAUUCAUCCUCGUCAUUGUUGCAGCAAUCUCUCUACCACAUCGAACUCUGUCUACAAUUACAUUUGCAAUCUGAAGGGCUCAAAGGGUGUUUCCAUUAUUAUGGUUCUUAGCGAGAAUGUUCGGUGCUGGAUUUUCUCCGGUGGGCCACACGUUUCUAUCCAUGAGAACAAGGGCGUGUAUAUCUCUCGCACAGCAACAGAGAACGAAAAAUGUCCGAGAGUGGGGACUAGGAGCUGAUAAGUAUUGUGAGAAGUCCUGGUUCUCAGUUGA